AUGCUUCGUCAUGACACUAGAAGACUUAAAAAUUUCAGAGCUCGAGGUAAAACAGUUGGGGAUAUCCUCAUCAUGCAAGGACAGUCCUCGUCGUCAUCAUCGUCUAGUCAUAAACGGAUGAGAGAGGGAGAUGGGAAGAAGAAUGGUGAUGAUGAUGAUCAUCAACACCAGCAUUCGGGAAAUUCGGAUGAUAUGCGGGCGGCAUUCGAGAGAGCUCGAGUGGAGAGUAGACGAGCCUAUCUUGAUAAACGUGAGGCUGAUAUUGAGCUCCUCCGGAAGAAACAAUUCCGCGCCUUGGAUGAUGUGUAUUCGACGGGGGCAGCGGAUAAGCGCAUACGAGGUGAAUUGGAACAGGAUAGGUAUCUGUACGAUCAAGCCUUGCAUAAUAAGGCCCUGAGAGGGAAGGACUUGACUGGAAAUUAUAUGAUGCCGGACGUCCAAGAUGAGUUCGAGCAGAAGAAGGGGCAGUUGAGUCAGAGAGAGCAACGAGUGCAAGCUCUCACUCGGGCUAGGUACGAUGAUGAUGUUGAUAAGUAUGAGAAAAGCGAACAACAGUUGCUUGAGGAGAAGCAGAUGCAUGCAGGCACGUUUAGGGUGGGGACUGUUCGGGACGAGGGUAAGAAGGAAGAGGAGGAUCCUUAUCAGCUUAUAUUGGAUAAUCAGAUCAAGUUCGUAGAGUCUGAGAUUCAUGGAGGGGAUAUGAGCAGUGUGAAGCUUGAGGGGAGUAAGAAGGAGAAAUUGGCUAAGGUGAAAUACCUCAAGACCGAGUCCGGCGGCGUUGUCAAGAUGGAGGAUGGGGAGGUGGCGAAGAGUGCUUUGCAGAGGAUGUCGGCUAAGGAGAAGGCGGCCCUCAUAGCUGAAGCCCGCAGAGUGAAGCUCCAACACGACAGACGGUCAUUGCCGAUUUUCAAGUAUCGCGAUGAUUUGAUCGACGCUGUGAAGAAGUAUCCGGUCCUGGUCUUGGUGGGUGAGACGGGCUCUGGCAAGACUACGCAGAUGCCGCAGUACUUGCACGAGGCUGGCUAUACGAAGUUUGGCAAAAUUGGCUGUACUCAGCCGAGGCGUGUCGCUGCUAUGUCGGUCGCUGCUCGAGUAAGCGACGAGAUGGGCGUUAAACUCGGGCACGAGGUGGGAUACAGCAUCAGGUUCGAGGAUAAGACCUCCGACUCUACCAUUAUCAAGUAUAUGACUGACGGCAUGCUCCUCCGUGAGUUCCUGGGCGAACCGGAUCUGGCUUCGUAUAGUGUUAUGAUUAUUGAUGAGGCUCAUGAACGUACCCUGCAUACUGAUAUACUGUUCGGGUUGGUGAAGGAUCUGCUCGCCUUUAGAAAGGACUUUAAGGUGAUCAUCUCGUCGGCUACGAUAGAUGCCCAGAAGUUCAGCAUGUAUUUUGAGAAUGCUCCCAUAUUCAAUGUACCUGGACGGAGGUACCCUGUCACUAUUCAUUACACUAUAGCGCCUGAGGCUAACUACAUUGAAGCUGCAGUAACUACUGUAUUGCAGAUCCAUCUUACACAGCCUCUAAAUGGAGAUAUACUCGUCUUUAUGCCUGGCCAGCAGGAAAUUGAAGAUGCUAUGGAACUGAUCACUUUCCGAACGCGAGGGCUCGGCAGUCGAAUGGCUGAGCUCAGGGUUCUACCUAUCUACGCCUCCCUACCUACGGACAUGCAAGCUAAGAUUUUCGAACCAACACCACCAGGGGCGAGAAAGGCGAUCAUUGCGACUAAUAUUGCAGAGACUAGUUUGACCAUUGACAAUAUCGUCUAUGUUGUGGAUCCGGGGUUCUGCAAGCAAACGGGUUAUAAUCCUAAGACUGGCAUGGAGUCGCUGCAGGAAGUGCCUUGCUCCCGAGCUUCGGCUGAUCAGCGUGCUGGACGUGCGGGCCGAGUUAGACCUGGAAAGACCUUCCGGUUGUUCACUCGUUGGGCAUUCGAACACGAGAUGGAGGCUCAGAACGCUCCUGAGAUCCUCCGAACCAACUUAGGAGGAGUGGUAUUGAUGAUGAAAUCGAUAGGAAUCGACGAUCUGCUCAACUUUGACUUUAUGGAUCCCCCUCCACCACAAACUCUGGCAAAAGCUCUGGAGCAGCUCUAUGCCUUGCAGGCCUUAAGUUCAACAGGGCAACUCACGAAGUUGGGCCGUAGGAUGGCAACCUUGCCGAUGGACCCAUGCAUGUCCAAGGCUAUAUUGGCGGCUGAUAAGCUCAAGUGUGUUGAUGAGGUGAUAGUUAUCACGGCGAUGUUGUCAGUGGGCAACACAGUAUUCUUCUGUCCUAAGGAUAAGAAGCUUCAUGCGGAGCAAGCUCGGAAGUCCUUCCAGAGUCCUGCUGGAGAUCAUUUUACUCUGUUGAAGGUGUAUCGAGAUUGGGAAGGAACUAACCACAGUCAGCACUGGUGCAAUGAGAACUUCGUCCAGUAUCGGUCUAUGACCAGAGCUCGAGAUAUCAAGGAGCAAAUAGAACACUUGACGGAGUUGGUCGAAGUGGAUAGGAGUUCCGAUCCUCACAACAUCAAUGCCAUACGGCAAAGCAUAGCAGCUGGAUACUUCUUUAACGCGGCACGACUGAAUAAGAAUGGUUCGUACCGAACGGUGAAGAGUCCGCAUACUGUUGAGAUUCAUCCGAUGAGCGCCAUGUUUAAGAAGGCCGCCCAGGUUGUUAUAUAUAAUGAGCUGGUACUGACUACAAAGGAGUUCAUGCGUAACGUUAUCCAAGUACUGCCUGAAGAGCUGAUGGAGGCUAGCCCGGAGUAUUACAAGGCUGAAGACUUUGGUGGGCAGAAGAACAUCAAGGGAAUCCCCAAGAUGGCAAAUGCCACUGCAGUGAGCCGGACAUAACUCUCCAACUUCUCAUCACUACAACGUACAUAUGUGUC